AUGGUCAACUGUUUUGUUCUCUCCAAGCAGGAGAAAGUUUUGAGGGUUGUGAAGACAGAUGGGAAAGUUUUAGAAUUCAGGGCACCAACUUUUGUUAAGGACAUGUUGAUGAACUUUUCGGGCUCUGGUAUUAGUGUAUCAAAGCAAGCCUCAGAGCUUCUCCCUCCUAAUUACAAACUGAAGCUUGGGAAGGUUUACUAUAUGAUUCCUCUUCUGGGUUUUGUUGCAAGUGAUGCGAUCAGUGCAGGUAUUAUUUCAUCUGUGGAUGUUACAGAAAAGGACAGGGCUGCUACAAGAAGGAUUAAGAUCUUCAUAACAAAGCAACAGCUUCAAGAGCUAUUGACAAAGAAAAUAUCAGUGCAGGAGUUUCUUUCAGCUUCAGGGCUUGAACAGAAAUCAUCUUACCCCAACCAAGACCACCAGGAAUUAUAA